AUGGCUGCGACCAAGUCUGCUUUUAACCCGCUCCUUUCCUUCCGCUUCCCCAGGACCUUCCAUACCUCGUACCUAUGUGCGCGCCACCUCCACAAAACAAUCCGGCCGGGCUUCAUCCCAUCUCCGACUCCGUUUGUCCCGGAUACACAAACAUUCCUCACCCUCAUCGGCCGCAACAUGUCACAAUACAGCAGUAAAAUAACGUCCUGGGAGCAAUUAUUUACAGUGUCUUCUGAGGAAUUGCGUGAAAUGGGUAUGGAGCCUGCGCGGCAAAGGCGAUAUUUGCUUCGAUGGGUUGAUAAGUUCCGCCGCGGAGAAUACGGCGUUGGAGGACAUUUGGAUCAUGUCACCGACGGUGUGGCGGAAUUACGUGCUAUUGAAGUUCCGCGGGAACAAUUGCAUGCUACCAACACGAAAACGGACGACGUGCCUGCUAAAUCACCGCUUGGUCUGGCAGGGACCGCUACUUCUUCGCCAGGAUGCAAGUGGGUGAUCGUCAACUUGCCAGCUGGUGAAACGGAAUUGAAAAAUAAACCAUCUACGUUCAAAAAGUACCCUAAAUUCAGGCUUCAUCGCACAAACAAGAUAAAGGGCCCGUACCUACAGUUGCUUCCUGGUGCGAAUGGCAGCGCGGCGAAGAUUUCAGUGCAGGAAGGAAUGUGGGAAGAUAAGCUGGGCCGGAAGAUUGAUGGCGGCGAAAGGAGAAGAGCAGAGGUUCGGGCAAAACGCCGGAUUGCGGAAUCAAAGAAAUAG